AAAGCUCAGCAGUUUGAGGUUCCUGCUUCAGCUGUUUUGUUCUCUGAAUACAGUCAGCAGGUGGUUUUGGAUUUGAGAUGACUCUGUCUGUGAUCACACUGAUCAUAUUCACUGGAGCUGUUUGUACUUCUGCAACAAGGCCCUACCAUGACUUCCACUACAUCUACGGGUGCUAUGAAUCCACUGAGGUGCGGGUGGAUGUGGUGCUUGACGAAGACGAGGUCGCGUACGCUGAUUUUAACAAGGGAGAAAUGGUGCUUGCGAUGCCUCACCUGCCGGAAAGUCUAGCAGCCUUUAAGAAACGGGCAUAUGCGAUUGCCAAAACUAGCCUUCAUCACUGUCAAAGUGUUUUGAGUAAAGCAAAAAAAGCGGAUCCUGGUGCUCCCAUGCGACAAGCUGCUCCAGACAGCUUCGUCUACAGCCGGUAUGAGGGGGAGGACGGUGUGGUGAACACUCUCUUCUGUUUGGCCAACCACUUCUACCCUCCCACCAUCAAUUUCACAUGGACAAAGAACGGUGUGGAGGUCACAGAGGGGGUAUCGAACCUGCGUUACCGCCACAACAGUGACGGGACGUUCCACAGAAUUUCCACAAUGAGUUUCGUUCCUCGGGAGGGAGACGUUUACUCCUGUUCAGUGGAGCACCAAGCCUCACUGCGGCCUCUCUCCAGCAGCUGGGAGCUGAACAAGAGGAAGAGCGGUCUGAGUCCUGCCGCUGGGUUCUUUAUAGUGAGCCUGGUUUUGUGCCUGACGGGAAUCGGGACCGGAGCCUUCUUAUUCAUCAAGCAGCCAAACUAGUGCCUUCACUUCUGGGAUUUCACUGAGAGCAGCUCAACCAGAAGCUGUAGCUAAGCACUCACAUGUUUUCAGAGAUGCUUACCCUUUUUUGUUUUUUUCACCAUUAAUGUAACAGGAUCCUCAAACAGCCUCUUCUCUUCAAUGGGGGUUGUUGGUAAACCCAUAAAAAACACAUUAACACCUCACCACAUUUCAGCCAGGAACAUUACACACACGUCUUGUGUGGAGACAACUGGAUUUAUUAUAAAUUAUUCACAGGGAACUUCAAAGAAUGUGCAUUGUGACUUGACUUCUUGACUGGAUUUUUUAAUUUUUUUUGCUUUAUAAUCUGUUUUUUUAAAAGUAAAGGACUAAAACUUGAUUGAUUUGAUUUUGAAUGAUUAGUCACAUCAGACUCUAUAACAUUAGGAUUCUUGUUGAUAUUAUUAGGAUUAAGAAAAACUCUGAAGUCACAUGCUGUAGUGUUUGCAGGUUUGCAAGUGAAUAAGAAAAUCUCUUAACCGAGAACUUUAACAUUAGAAGUUACUCUGAUGAGUCCUGAUAGCUCACCUGGUAGAGCUCUAUGUAACCAGACUGAGUCCUUACUGCAGCGGCAAUGGGUUCGACUCCAACCUGCAGCCCUUUGUUGUACGUCAUCUCCUCUCUCUCUCUCUCUCUCUCUCUCUCUCUCUCUCUCUCUCUCUCUCUCACACACACACACACACCUUUCCUAUCACUCUUAAUCUUAAUCUAGGUUAAAGGCAAUGAAAGACCCCAAAAAUAUGUUUAAAAAAAAACCAAGUUAAUCUGCUCUGUAAUAAUCCCUAAAAUGCACAUGAAGAGGAGAUCCUGUAAAUGUUUCUCACAUAUUUUGGUGAAAACAUCUGGAUUUCUUGUGAGUCGUACCAUGUUGAUAGUGGCUGGUGAGACUCUGAGGACCCUCCUCCUCAGAGCUGGAAUCCAGUUAGUGAAUCAGUGCACUGAAAAUAACUGUGGAGACACAAAGUGCAGGAUAAACAGGUUAGUACCACUGUUGGAAAGCCCAGCAGUGACACCUAGUGGAGUGGCACAUUAACCAGAACCUGCUGUUGCACUGUGCCAUCAGAUGAGUAGAUGGUUAUAAGUGGGUCCAUAACAGGGGCGUUUCCAGAAGGGGCGGGCCUGAAAUCUGAUUGGCCACCCCAAGUGCUACCCCAUCAUCCUUUACCUCUUCAACUGACUCUCAGAGGCUGUAGCGGGCUACAUUUGAAAGAAACAUCAUAAAACAUCAUGCAAGCAUGUUGGGAAGGAGGUUAAAUAAAGCUUCGAAGCUACUUCAUGCCUAAAAAGCAUUAUAACACCAAAAGGUCACAAAGAAACACUGUAAACUAUUUUGGUAUGCUUUAAGAAUUUGUAAUAUUAUUAAUUGGUUGUUUUUUAUGCUCAAACCAGUUCUUAAAGAAUAAUGAUAAUGACUAUUGUAGCGUACAAAAUGUCUCUGUUCUUCCUGAUUUGUUAAUGACAUAACGGAAACCAGG